UCAUGCAGUACAGCUGUGAGACGUAAACGCUGCUCACAGAGAAAGUCGGAGUUGUCGACACCUACCAACCGAUAACUCCACGACGGACUAUAUUAUAUCAGCGGUAGUCUCGGCACCGUCGUCAGACCUUGCUGUAUUCCUCCACUCUGUUUCCUUACGUCACAUUCAGCUGUCGUCAUGCCUAUACGUACUCUGAUUAUGACGUAAUACACGUAUGACGCGGGCAGGGACAACAUGGCGGACAACAGUAAAUAGAGUUACGGGAUCUUGUACUCACUAACGAUGCCACCGUUACAACCAUAUGUACCCUCGCUGAAUACUCAUUGGGCCCUUAAAACAUUUGAGGUCAAAGGACGCUCUCCGUGACAUCAGCCGUCGUUUAUCCCAGAAGUAGAAGCACCAGAGGAAGAAGACUUUAUGGAUGUGUCUCAGAAUACUUCCAUAGAUCCUAACGCACACUUCUCCAAAACACUUCCGUAUCAACCUACCCAUCUCCGUACCAUCGAUUACGUCAUUCUAACGGUGUCGUAUCUGGGUAUCAUGGGUAACUUGGUGUCACUGAUGGUGUGGAGAACCCACAAGACGUACAACCCCGUCAUCUUCCUGUUCAAGUACCUCGCCGUCGUCGACAUCAAACAUCUUGUGUCGAUUUCUUUCUGGAGGAUUUUUGUUUUGUUCCGCCGCUACUUCUCCGACCAUACUUAUUUUACAGUGCUUUUCACAGCGUACGGCACAGAAUUGCUUGGACAAGCUUUGUCUUUGCACACGACACUAUUGAUAGCAGUGUGUCGCUUUAUCGUUGUGUCCAGACCACUAGAGGUUUACAACGGCACUCUUCUAACACGAUGUCAAGUCAUUAUUGCCUGUGUGGUCCUAUUUUUUUGGUGUCUUCUUCUUAUCAUCCCAUUUAUCGUCAUGACAUUAUUAAUUUUUAACGAUAAAAUUGGUAAAGAAAACGUUUCAUACUAUUUUCCAGUCAUUUUUAUUUUUUGUGAAUUUAGUGUUACUACUCUCUUGAUGAUCGUCUUCGAUGUCCUUCUUCUGAAGAAACUUCGUUCAUCAACAGCGCUGAGGUCAUCACCAUCUUCAUCACAUUCUGAGGAAAGACGGUAUAUAGGUCGGCGGGUGACGGUGGUCGUGGUGUUGAUGUCAGUGUGCUCUAUACUGGCCUACCUUAUUACUGGCACUUGUGUAGCACUUGCUUUUAUCUAUCUCCAUUAUACUCAAGAACAAAGUACGGGCACUAGCUACUUAAUCGUUGAUAUAUUGGCCCCUACUUAUGAGUUUCUUGAGUCGCUGAACUCUAGCAUUAAUAUCAUUUUUUACCUUGCAUUUUUUCAAAAUUUUCGCAAAGUGUCUCCAACCGCUGGAACAAUCAUUGAUGUCACUGAGUCGUCGAUUCCUAUGACAAAAACAAUGAACUAAAAUGUAUCAGAUGGUACAUGGUAGAUAGAGGUCCAUUCUAAUGUUAUCUUAACUACCGCCAUAUCGUCAUGCUGGUAGUUGUCAUCAACAAUAGUGUGUAUCUUGUAACUACCUCACAGCUCCAAACAUCCUGGUCACUAGUAAAAAGAACAUGUCUAACUCAACUUCCUUUUAAAUACCUUGUCAGAAAUCCUCCUACUUUACAAUUUGUUUACUCUACUCCAUGUUGUUUAUAACUAAAAGCUCUUCAUAUCACCCAGAAUUUUUGUGAGUUGCUUACUUGUGCAUGUCAGAAUAAUGUAGUCAAUCCCCGUAACCAGUCAACGAAGAAAAGUAUUUUUCACAAACCA